CGGAGGUGAAGUACCUGUUGACGAUACACUCAAUUCACGAGACUGGUGAUCGUCUGUCGUGUGUGUUUUUGUAACAACAGAGUUCAUCCCACCGGCAUUGGCUCCAAAGCUCUCAGUAGCACCAGACGUGGGAAUCUUCUCUUGCCCAACGACGACGAGGAUGCAGCCCGCACCCAACAGCGGACUCGGACUCGACAUGCGACCACUGCUGCCAUCCUCUGGGCAGGGGCCGUCCAUCUCAGCAUUGGCUCAACACCAACAGCAACAACAGAUGCUACACCAGCCAUUCCACAUCGCGCCGCCACCAACUUUGACACAGACAACCUUGUUCGUGGGGCCGAUAUCAGGUGGUAUAUCAGACGACAUUCUCAACAGACUACUCGGGAUACGUGCAUUAAAAAUGGCGUCGUCACCCGCUGACCCGCAGUGUGUGUGACCAGGCGUACGGUCGCGUUCAAACGACUCAUUACUCCAGCCACCAAACCACAGGGCUUCGGGUUCGUCGAAUACGAAGACUCAGACUCUUCAAUAAGGUGCAUCAAUCUGCUCAAUAGCGUCGAACUGCCAGCGCUCGAAGACGACUGUGCAAGCAAAAAAAUUGCUGGUCCCAAUGGCGACAAACCUGGUCAGGUCGACUACUCGCAGAGGA